AUGCGUCUCGCUAGUAUGAAACGGCUAUCAGUGAAAAAAAAAUGUUCAAUAAUUAUUGGUGCAAUUGUGACAAUGUAUUUUACUGUUUCGUACACUUUAGUUAAAGACAUGGUGUCUAAAAAUAAAAACAUAAAGAAUAUUUCACGCAUGUCGUUAAAGUUACCAAAUGUUAUUGUGCAUUUCGAUAUGAAGGGCUCGCCGCCGAAAUUGAGCUAUUUGAAAACUUUGUUACCGAAGUUACGGGAGCUCGGAGUUACUGGAUUUUUAAUGGAAUACGAAGAUAUGUUUCCAUAUGAUGGGAGAUUAGUAAAUAUAAGUGCGAAAAACUGCUAUAAGAAGUCAGAGUUAAGAGAGUUCCUAAAAGUGGCAACGCAAGUAGGAUUCGACAUAAUACCUCUGGUGCAAACGUUCGGACACAUGGAAUUUAUCUUGAAGCUUGAAGAGUAUGAAAAAUUACGGGAAGUACAUAAUCGACCGGAUUCCAUGUGUCCCAGUAGAUCAGAAAGUCAGAAGCUUAUCAAAGAAAUGAUACGACAGAUUAUACAUUUUCAUAAGGAAAUUUUCCCAUUGAAGUACAUUCACAUUGGUUGCGAUGAAGUAUAUAACAUGAACAAAUGUUAUCAAUGUUUGAAGAGAGAUCUGCCUGAUACGGAUAUUUAUCUGAAUCAAGUUAAAGUUGUAACAGACAUCGUAAAAACGUUCAGUUCUGACACAACUAUUUUGAUUUGGGACGACAUGUUACGUGAGAUAUCUAUCAAUGAUUGGGAGAGAGUGAACCUAAAUAUCGAACCAGUAUACUGGUCCUACGGUCCAAAUAUAAAAGUGUCACACGUAAACAUGAUGAAGUAUCAUAAAAAAUUUAAAAAUAUUUGGAUCGCAUCGGCGUUUAAAGGCGCAGAUGGCCGAGCGAUUACGUAUCCAAAUUUGAGGAAACGUUUUUCAAAUCAUUUCAAUUGGCUGACUACGAUUUUGGAUUACAAGUUCGGUGGUGAAAAUGAUAUAUUUAAUUUUGAGGGUAUAAUAUUAACUGGGUGGUCGAGAUACAGCCAUUUCGACUCGCCUUGUGAACUACUACCCGUUGCCAUUCCAAGUCUCUAUCUUAAUUUGUUAUUGGUGCAGAAGUUCAAAGCAGGGGUAGGUGAUGUGGAAAAUUCCGAUCUGACAUAUUUCUACAUGAAUUAUUUACAAAAUGAUUUCUCUGCACAUUUACACUGUGAUGAGUUACUCAUAAUCGAUUAUGUUAAUGUCAAACAAUGUCAUUUUGAUGGAAAUGAACUUUAUGAAAUUCUAUUGAACUGGGAUAUAAAAAAUACGAACAUUUUAAAUAGUAUAGAUUUUUAUAAUAGUAUAGAUGAUUCUAGCAAUAAAAUUUAUGGUGUAGACUUUUAUUCAAGGUCGCAUAAUAUUAAUAUGAACAAUAUAGAGAAAAACAUAGACUGGUUAAAUAAUUCUUUGUAUGAGGUAGAGUAUUUUAAGAGAAAAAUUUCAAAAGUUAUGUUACAGUAUUUCGACCAAUUCUUUAUAAAUGAAUAUGUUGAUUUUAAAAUCUAUAAAACAAACAAAAUUCUUAAUGAUUUGUUUAAGGAUUUAAAGAGUAUGUCUAAAGUAAAAUAUUGGAAGCAAAGACCAUAUAAAUAAUAAAUAGUAUAAAUCAAAUGUAUUAAUUAUG